UUAUAACCAUGACUAGGGUUCCCUCUCAAUACACUUAAGAUAACUAGCUCUGACUGUAGCGCUCAUAGCAGCGAACAAUAUAUUUAGCUGCCUGUUGAAGAGUUACAGCAGUUGUUUCGUGUGUGUGUAAAAUUUGAAUCAUACGGGAAAGUAGAAACGGUAUACCGCCCAGCGCUAUAAAGCAUCGUUCUGUCGUUGCAGUUUAACGGGGAGCCGCACUCCUACACACGUUUCAACCUGACCCAGAACAUGGAAGGCGACAACAGCCAGGUGGAGAUGAAGCUGUCGUCCGACAUGGACGAGGAGGUUGGGGGAAACGGCGUGGGAGAACACCUCAAUCACAACUCCAACAACAAACCCUCCGUGGCUCAAAAGCUCAGACGCAAACCAAAGAACCUCUGCUUCAUGGCCGCCACCACCCUCCUCAUCUUCAUCAUCGGGUACCUGAUUGGCUACCUGGUCCAUCGUAAGAAGGACAUGGCUCCCAUCUGUGAGGCCUCUCAGGACCCUAUAAUUGAAUCUGUUGUCUACGAGACUGGUGCUGCCCCCCUCAUGGACUGGCAAGAUGUCAAAAAGCUCCUCGCUCAGAAACUUGCUGCAGCCGAAUUUGAACCUGUCUUCAGUGAGUUUUCCAGUGUCAACCACCGGGCUGGUUCUCCAGAUGAUGAGUCUCUGGCGAACAAGGUGCUCAACAAGUUCAAAGAGUACGGCAUGAAGACCUGGACCGAUGAGCACUUUGUGAAGGUCCAGGACCCCCCAGCUUCUGGCUCCAACAGAUUUGUGUUCAAGAACGGGAGGGACGAGCGUCCGGAGGGAUUUCUCUCCUACAGUGCCAAUGGAACAGUGACGGGUGCCGUCUUGUAUGCAUUUUACGGGCAGGUAAGUGACUUCAAGAUGCUGCAGGAAAAGAGCAUCAACCUGACUGACAGGGUCAUGUUGGUCCGUGCGGGGCGGAUCAGCUUUGCUGAGAAGGUAGCCAAUGCUGCCAAAAUGGGUGCCUCUGCUGUGUUGAUCUACCAAGACCGCUCUGAUUACUCUAUUGGAGACUCCACUCAGCUCUAUGGACAUGUCCACAUGGGUUCAGGGGAUCCCUACACCCCCGGCUUCCCCUCCUUCAACCACACCCAGUUUCCGCCCGUCCAGUCCUCAGGCCUGCCUAAGAUCCUGGCUCAGACCAUCACAGCAGGCAUGGCUAGCAGCAUUCGGAACCAGCUGGGGGGGCAGAAUGAACCCUAUGGAUGGGGAGGCCGCUACAAACUGGGAGACGAGAGCGACGUCAUUACUGUCGAGGUCAACAACGUUCUUACUGAGAAAAAGAUCUAUAAUGUCUUUGGGGUCAUCGAAGGCUUUGUGGAUGCAGAUCGGUAUGUGGUUAUCGGCGCUCAGAGGGAUGCAUGGGGUGCAGGUUUUGCUGCAUCGACCGUCGGCACCAGCGUCCUUGCUGAGUUGGCGCGUUCCAUCUCGGAUAUGGUGAAGAAUGAUGGGUUCAAACCGAGGAGAAGCAUCGUGUUUGCCAGCUGGAGCGCUGGAGAAUAUGGGAGUGUUGGCGCCACCGAGUGGUUGGAGGGUUAUCUUUCCUCUCUGAGCAUGAAAGCCUUCUCCUACAUCAACCUGGAUGGAGUUGUAACAGGUCAGACAGGAUUUAAAGUGUCAGCCAGUCCUUUGAUGCACAGCCUGAUCGAGGGCACUAUGAAAGAGGUGAACUCUCCAGACAAGACUGGGACACUCUACUCCCAAUAUGCAAAGCGCAACUUUGAGUUGAAUGUGUUGGAGCCUUUUAAGGUGGAUAAUGCUGCUUAUCCUUUCCUUGCCUUCUCUGGCAUUCCCUCAAUCUCCUUUGGAUUCACCUCCGAUAACUCGGACUACCCAUACUCUGGCACAAUGCUGGACACCCGGGAGAAACUGAACGUGGUCACGGGCAACCGGGUCACUCAGCUGGCCGAGAUGGCGACCCGGUUCGCAGGUCACAUGGCGUUGAGGCUGGUGCACGAUCAUCUGCUGCGGAUGGACGUGAUGAAGUACAACAAUAUUAUCCGCUCUAAAGUGUCUCAGAUCAACAGCAAAGUCCUUUCUAUUAGGGGGAGGGAGCUGUUGCCCAAGGCCCUCACAGUGAAGUGGUUGAUGUUGGCCUCUGGCUCCUACAGCCGCUCCGCUCGCCAGCUGGUGGAAGACAUCCGGAACAGUGACCUGGAGGACAUCGAGAUGUGCCGCAUCCUCAAUGACCGCAUAAUGACGGUGGAAAGGAACUUCCUGUCCCCCUAUGUGUCUCCCAGAGAGAGCCCUUACCGCCACAUCCUGCUGGGCUCCGGGCCUCACACUCUCAAUGCUCUGUUGAACCACCUCGAAGACCUCAGGACCGACCGCCCCGACGCAGACGUCGACCUUUUCCGCAACCAGUUUGCCCUGGCGACCUGGACAGUUCAGGGCUGUGCCAACUCGCUAGCAGGGAACAUCUGGUCUCUGGAUAAUGAAAUCUAAAAUAAGUAAUCCCCCCCCCUUGUUCAGGCCCUCUUACCACAGCUGGCAGUCACAGAUGUACAGCUUUUUUCUUUUUUUCUUUUUUUUUUUUUUUUUUUUUUUUUUUUUCCUCUCUCCAAGGAAAUUAUAAAAUUGGGGCCGUAACUAAACGGAUACCAAAUUUCACGGUCAUCACCUCCAACAUUUGAGCGAUGAGCUCAUCGCCAUUCUUUGUGAAACUCUCCAUAAAGCCAAAUAUUAAUUCUAAAAAUGUACUUCCGCCUUAUAGCUUAACUAGAAAGUCUAAAGGGUCAUUUACUUUUUCCCCCUCACCUUUUUGGGAAGAUGUUUUUUAACAUGUGUCAUUUAAAUCUGACAUUCUGAAUACUUUGGCGCUAGUAAUGACUACCUUCAGAUGCCCAUGACAUGUGGCGGUACUUCUUAAAUUGGCGUUACCUCAUGAAAGCGUUCUUCAGCACAGUAUCAUCAGGUCAUAGUCACAGGACAGGCUGCGUUUGCCAGCUCGGAGAUGAAUACAACUCAAAUGGCCAGCAUGUAAGCAUAUAAGCUAAUGACUUUCCAACUGUUUACCACAAUUAUUAAAAAUCAAAAGCUGCUGGUAUUUCCACUGCUGCUGGAGCCUCGUGUUCAAACCUGAGCUGGUUAGUAUUGGUAGCUAUAAUUUCAUACUGUGCUGAAAUCUGCUGUCAACUAAAGUUGCUGAAAAAGACCGAAAAUACGUUAAAGACAAGUUGCGUUGCACCGAACAAAUCUUGGACAGUCGGCUGUUGUAACUUGCCGUCACUUAACACUCGUGCUGCAUUGAUCUUUUAGAAAAGUCCUAAAUAAUAACAAAUAAAUCAGAAUGUCUUUAUUACCUGAAUCCCCUGCCUGCUGACAUGAGGGCAAACCUCUGCAGGCCUUUAAAAACCCAAGGGAGAAGUUCUCCGACCACCUGGCACUGAAAACCGUACGUCUAUUUAUUGUGUUAUUUAUUUAUCAGUGGCAGGGUUCACUAUAAAUAUUUUUUUAUUGCCUUUUAUAAAAAAAUGAGUAUAAUUAUCGGGAGCAGUGCCUUCCAUAGUUAUGACAGUUAUACUGUCGAAAUGACAAGAGCAGCAUCUGCUUAAAAGAGGCGUACAUGUCGACUGACGGCCAGGACCGAGUACUGAACAAACGGCUCCUCAGAACGCUGCACUACUGACAGUGGAUUGGUCUUUAAAACAAGGCCAGCUCACAUAUCGUACCUCUGGCUGUCGGUGCUGGUCCCUUGGUGCAUGUACGCCUCUCGUCCUGACAUUAUCGGCUGACAUUAUCGGCUGCAGUGUCUUCCAUAAUGUGAAAAAGAAGGUAGUUUUUGCCUACCAGUGUUUGUCCGUAUCGGAGGCAGUGCCCUCCAUAUUUCACUGUAGCAAUGGAUGUUUUUUUAUUAUCGGGGACAGUGUUUCCCAUAAUGUUUGUAUAUACACAGUAGAGUGCUACUCGAUGCACAUGGUGUCCGCAUCUUGAGAUCCCUUCAAUGAUGUUUCCAUGCUUCAGUAGUUUCUUCUUGUGAAAAGGUUUCACAUCAGCUCCGUCCGUCUCCUUAGUACAGUCGCUGUCUUUAAAUUGUUCUGGGUUUCUUUAGUGAGCGUUUUUCUCAUUUUAAUAAGACGCUGAUCAUUUUUGUUUCUCAUGAUAUGAAAAGUCUUUGCUUUAAAGAGAAGAAUGUUACGAACAUGUUUGGGACCACAGGUUACAGCGGUGUGGUCCUCCGUUUCCAGAACAGAUCACCACAGUCGGUGUGGAAGUGAAUUCUAGCUUCUCUUUUGAUGUGUUUCUUCUUUGGUAAGAGAUUUCCUUGUGCCUUUGUUUCAUAACUGUUUCUACAUACAGUGCUUAAAGAGGGUUUGGACGACGUGUAUUUGGCUUGUUUUGACGUCUCUGUAUUUUUUAUUUUUUUUUUCCCCUCCUGUUAUCUGCUUGAAUCAAACGUUACUGGUUUAAACACCUUGAGAUAUAUUCACAGGAAUAAUGAAAGUGAUACAUUUACAUAAAUGGGGUUUCAAAAGUACACACUGAAUGUUACAGUAGUUAACGAUGUCCUCCUUUAGCAAAUCUGCUAUGCCUUGUCAUUUACGAUCUUUUUUUUAUUUGGAAACUACCAUGCUUCAGCAGGAAAACCUGCAACGUUGUUUUAGAUCAGAGGCCAUUUAAAAUGAUCUAUUCUCCUUCAUAGUGUGAGUGAACUGACCUGCUGGGCUUUAAUGAGGCAUGUUCUGGAAAUUACAUUUCUAAUAUUGCUGAGGACGCAGAUUUAGGAAUUUGUCGACAAAAUUGGGCUUUGUUGGACUUUCAAGAAUUAAUUUUGAAUUGUUAAAACGAUGAAUUUUUUGUUUUUUUUGUUUUUUUUCCUUUCUCAAACUGUAUUCAAACUUUCUUAGCUUCACGCUGUCGUUGCUGCAAUAAACAAUCACAUCAUA